AUGCCAAGGAGAACGGUGAAAAGGAAGAGGGCGGCGGACGACAAGACCGACGAGUGGCGAGAGGAGGAGCAAGAGGAUCACGAUGGCACGACGAUCACGACCAGCAGCGCUUCUACUGCAACAACGUGCCAUGGAAGCGAAGAAGGAGAAGGAGGACAAGAAGCAGGAGAGGAUGGAGCUGAACACACGCAACCACAGACGCGGCACCAACAGACGGCAGCCAGAAAGAGACAACGCACCACUACGUCGUCUUCAUCAAGCGGCGAAGAGCACCACCAGGAACCCAUGAUGGACAGCAGCGGGCCUGGCCUCUCAACGGGCAAACAAGUGCUGACGACGAAGCGCCGGCGAAGAGACGUCUCGCCGUUCGGCACGUCGGUGGCGAUCGACGGCGGUGGCGGCGGCGCGACUCACGGCCAGUUCGUCAGCGCGGAGGAUCUGAACCAGGCCGACGAUGAGAUCGACAUCGACCACCAGCAGCACCCUGCGCACCACCACAUGCACCACCACCACCACCAGAAGCAGGACGAUGGUGACGAAGCGGAAGAGGCGAUGACGACGGGCCGGGCGAAGAAGGCCAAGCCCAGCUCGGCCGCCGAGGCCGGGCUGAUCUCGCCCAUGCGGGCCUUCGCCGAUGCCGAGGCUGCGGCCGCGGCGGCCGCAGCGGCCGGCGGUCCGUUGGGCAGCUUCGUGGUGCUGCCGGUCGAGAUCAUGCUCCACCUUCUCUCCUUCCUCUCGGGCAAGGACGUGGGCCACAUCCGGCUCACCAGCUCCGAGUUCAAUCGGGUCAUCUGCCUGCGCGAGUUCGCGCCCAUCCCCAACCGUCUCUUUCAAGAACCCUUCGGAAAGACGUGGGAGUGGCUGUACAGAAGCAAAGCGGUGGUCCACAACUCCAAGGACAGCAUCAAAGACGGCGAGGUCUGUUGUUACCGGACGAAGGAGUGCAGGUACGAGGGCGAGUGGAAGGAGAAAGAGCUGGACGGCUAUGGGAUAGAGCUCUGGUCGGACGGCGAGGAGUACGAAGGGUGGAGCACUCAGGGCAGACUCAACGGCUACGGCCGGGCCUCGUACACCUCCGGCGACACAUACAUAGGCAUGUGGAAGAACGGACUGCGAGACGGGGGCAUUUAUGUGUGGAGUGACGGGUGGCGGUACGAGGGCGAAUACUCAGAUGGGAAGCUCACUGGCCGCGGCACCCUCUUAUUCAAGAAUGGAAGCAAGUUCACAGGGCACUGGCUCGACGGCGAACGACACGGCCAAGGCACGAUGAUGUACUUUGAUGGCAGCCGCUACGAGGGCGAGUGGAAGCACGACAAGCGGGAGGGAAGGGGCGUACUCUACUGGCCCACCUCCCCGCCCGCCAACCCAGCACAACAGUCUCCCUCUUCCUCUUCGCCUUUGCCCUCGCCCUCGUCCACCUCUACAUCUACGUCCUCUCCGUACACACCCUACCCAACGGCUUCUUUCGGCACGUCGCGGCGAUCAUCUUUCUCUGCGCCUCCAUCCACUUCGACUCCACGUUCCGGACUCGGCGACUCCUCUUCAGAGGCCUUGAAGCACAUGCGGUACGAGGGCUUCUGGCGAGAUGACCAAAUCCUCGAGGGCGGCAAGGUCCUGUGGGACGACGGCGCUGAGUUGUCACUUGAAGAAGCUCUCAAGCGUCUCAGGUAG